UAAAUCGUAAAUAUUGUUGUGUUUGUAUUGUUUAUUUCUACAUUUCUAAGAUAGUUUACGCAAUAAUAACAUAUUUGCAAAACUGGAGAUAUUACAACACGCUUUGUACAAGUACUACGAAGUAAAAUAGAAAGUUAUUCUAACGAACUAAAAUCCGAAAUUUACACAGCUCGUUUAUCUUAGCGAUCGCAUUUCUGAUCAAUGCAUCAUUUAUUUUUAUCAAUUUUGAACUUGAAAGGUACAGAUUGUUUUCUAAAAGGUUGAUUAAGCCUUAACAAAAAGUCACAUGCGAUAUUUUUAGGUUCUUUUAGAAUUUACUCUUACAAUUUCAAGAAACAGUAAAUUUAUGAUUUAUAGAAAUAAUAGUACAUACUGUAAUCUAUCUGGAAGUUAAUUUAUUUUAAAAGUAUUUGUACUUUUAAUAAAUGUUGUUAUACAAUUAGAGUUUUGAAUGAUUCACGGUUAGUUUCACUAGACUAGUGCUCCGAGGAAUUGUUCGGAUUAAUCCCUGCAGCUUCUUUUCGCCAUCGCCCUACGCGACAACAUUACCAUCCUCACCACUUGGAUGGUUGGCAGUCCUCAACUGUGCGUUUCUCUAGAAACUUCCUGCCUCGCACAGCUAAACUGUGGAAUGAACUGUCGCCUGCGGUAUUUCCGGACCGAUAUGACCUUCAAACCUUCAAGAUAAGAGCGUAUUCCCAUCUUAGAGGCCGGCAACGCACUUGCAACCCCUCUGGUGUUGCGGGUGUCCAUGGGCGGCGGUAAUCGCUUACCAUCAGGUGAUCCGUCUGCUCGUUUGCCUCCUAUUUCAUAAAAAAAAAAACUACAAGUCUACAGCAAGCAAGUAAAGCAAGUUGCAAGCAACUUGUUGUUAUACAAGUUAUCGAAGUUAGUGUAAUAGAUUGUUAAAGUAAUGUAAUAUCAUGAGGGCUUGUUGCAUUAAAUACUGUAGAAGUGAAUCAUUUCGUGGAUGCGGCAUAUCAUUUUACAGAAUCCCCAGAAAAGAACCAAUCAGACAAAAGUGGAUAGACGCAAUUGGUUAUGUCCCGAAAAGGAAAGAUGCGGUAGUGUGCAGUUCGCACUUCAGGCCUGAAGAGCUUACAUUUUCUGGUCUUCGGCCACAGGUCACACCUGAUGCUGUACCUUCAAUUUUCCCUUUUCCCACAUGAUCCAGAUGUAAAAGAAAAAUGGAUUGCAUCCACGGGACGGAAAGACUGGUUCCCGACUAAACACAGUACUAUUUGUUCCAUACAUUUUGAAAAUACCUGUUUCAUUGAAGGGAAAAAGUUGCGAUUGUUGAAAAAAACUGCAUGCCCCACUAUUGAUAUACUAAAACUCAUUGACAAUGAUGAUGAGACGGAACCAACAGCGCCGCUGAUCGCACAACCUUCGCCAGGCCCGAGCCAGAGCACAGAUACCUUGGAUUCCGACGCGUCAACAGAAGAGCUGCAAGAGCCUCUUAGACAAGUUUUCUCAGUUUCCAACGAGUCAACAAAGCCGGAAGACCCUCUAAGACAAGACACAAAGCAAUGUCGCUUCUGCGGCAAAUACAGCAAAGAUUGCGUUCCCAUAUCUCAUACCCAUAUAGCUUCCUUCACUACAAAACUAGCUUUCAACGAUAUUGUUGUACAGUUCAAUGAAACUUUACCUAAAACUGUCUGUAAAGAUUGUGAUGUGAAACUACAAGUAAUUUAUGAUUUUGUUAAAUACGCAAAAGCUGCGCAGGAAUUACUAAUAAAUGUUGAAGAUGUGGAAGAGAUGGUAGAAGUUAAACAUGAAUAUGAUGAUGAAACAUAUGAUAGACUUGAAGACAGUAACAGUGAUGAAGAGAUAAAAGAUGGAAUAGUAGAUUUAUUCACAGUUGGAGAAACUGUAUAUAUUAAAGAAAAUCAAAAAAGGAAAAGUAUCGUAAUAAGUGGUGUGAAACUGAAGAAAGCUAAAGUUACUAAAAGUGAAACUGGUAAUGAAAGUAAAAAUAUGAGCGAUACAAAAGAAGUUAUUGAUAGAGAUGACACAAAUAAUGAAGCUGAUAAUGAUAAUAUAGGAUUUUCUAGUAAUGACACAAGAACAAAUAAACCUAAUGAUGCAAAAUUUGCAAAACGUGUUUUUGUGCAUAAAGUGAGAAUUGAUGGAAACAGUUGAUGUGGUUUUUUAAAUAUAACACAAUAUGACUCUUAAUUUAAGAAGCAAAAACAGUGAUUUUAAUUAAUUUUGCUUAUGUAAUACUGGAUAAUGAUUUGUUGUUAAAUGUUUCGGUAUUUUUUUUCGUCAUUUCUCAACUUUAUUAUUGUUUUUUAAAAGGUCAGUAAAAUUUUAGGACAUUUGCUUUUCUGUUUUGUUUUGUAAACUGGGGGAGAUUGCAACAAAAAGUUUUUCUCAUCAUCAUUGUUACUUUUCUUUAAAAAGUUUUUUAUGUAAGUAAAGCAAAACUUUUGCUCGAGAAAUAUCUCCAAAUGAUGCGAACACGUCAUGAUUAUUU